AUGGUCAGCAUGAAUCCAAAAAAAUUGUCAGUUUUGGCUAUUCAAAAUAUUCGCAAAUUCUUGGAAGGUAAGGUUGAUGAUAAUCUCGUGAACGACGUCAAUUUCAUUCAUUACAUGAAAUAUCUGUUGGUAUGUCAUGGAAAUGAAAAGCUCCAGACUGAAGCAGCAUGGAUAUUUACAAACAUCGCAGCAGGAUCAACUGUUCAUACACAAAUUGUCGUAAAUGCUGACGUCACUCCAAUUCUGAUUAAUUUACUUUCGUCAUCGAAUUUCGAGCUUGUAGAACAAUGCAUAUGGGCUUUAGGCAACAUAAUUGGUGAUAGUCAUGAAUACCGCGAUUUAAUAAUCCAGCAAGGCAUUUUGGUUCCAUUGUUAUCUUAUGUUCGUGAGGGUUUAUCCACAUCAUUCCAGCGCACCCUCGUUUGGGUUUUUGUUAAUCUUGUCCGAUGUCGUGAAUGUCAAUUGUCUGUCGAUAUUGUGCGAGAUAUAGUCCCAAAAUUGUGUGAACUAGCUACAAGACGUGAUACGCCAACAAAAAUUGAUGCAUUGUGGGCAUUAACAUUCUUAGCUGAUUGUGGAGAUGAAUACAUACAAUUAAUGGUUGAAACGGAUAUUGUAACAAUUGUCAUGCCGAUGUUAACAAGUUUCAGUCAAAAGCUUCAAGUCACAGCAAUGCGAUUUUUGGGCAAUAUAGCAACAGGAACAGAUUUACAGACACAAGUAAUUUUGGAUCAUGGAAUUCUCAACAACAUGCGAUUCGCUUUAAUGCAUCAAAAUCGGAAUCUGCGUCGUGUAGCUUUAUGGUGUCUUUCAAAUAUCACAAUCGGAACUCAAGAUCAGGCACAAGCUGUAUAUCAUUCAGGUCUACUGGCAAUAAUUAUUGAUAAUCUCCACCAUGAUGAUGAAAAAAUAGUUAAGGAAGCUAUACUGACUAUUCGCAAUUUGAUCAAUGCUGGAUCACCAGAACAAAUGCUGGAAAUUAUCGACUGUCGUGCUGUUAAUCUGAUAUUUAAUCUCAUAAUGUCAAAUGACAAUGAAAUUGCUGAAGCAUCUCGCCGAUCAUUGGAUGUAUUGUUUACAAAAGGUGGACGUUUAGUCCAAAAGUAUACUGAACUUUAUCAACAAAUGAUAAAUUCCAACGAUAGUUCUCUAAACUAUCAUGAAGUCUGA